AUGACGUCUCCAUCGACCAUCAAGCAACGGUUUCUCUCCAAGUCGAAUGAGCUCGGCGUGGUGGCAGUCGGAUUCAACGGUGGUCAGUGCAAACUCGGUGUCGAAGCUGCUCCCCUCGCCUUGAUCGAAGCCGGUCUUCUGAAUCAAGUCCGCGAUGACCUGGGCUACGACGUUCACUAUGACGACACCGUACAUUUCUACGAGAACCUCACUCCCAUGAACGAUCCCGACCACCGGGGCAUGAAGAAGCCGCGCGGGGUGAGCAUCGCAACCGAGACGAUCAGCAAGCAGGUGUACGAGCACGCCAAGGACGGCAAGUUCGUGCUGACCCUCGGCGGCGAUCACUCGAUCGCCAUCGGGACCAUUUCCGGCACGGCCAAGGCCAUCCGCGAGCGCCUGGGGCGCGAGAUCGCGGUGAUCUGGGUCGAUGCGCACGCCGACAUCAACACGCCGGAGAUGAGCCCCAGCGGUAACAUUCACGGGAUGCCCAUGGCUUUCUUGACGAGGCUGGCCCGCGAGGACAAGAAAGAUAUCUUUGGGUGGUUGGAGGAUGAUCACAUUGUCAACAAGAACAAGCUGGUAUACAUCGGUUUGCGCGAUGUCGAUCGUGGCGAGAAGCAGUUGCUCCGGGAGCACGGUAUCAAGGCGUUCAGCAUGCAUGAUAUUGACCGAUAUGGAAUCGGCCGGGUUGUCGAAAUGGCUCUAGCCCACAUUGGCAACGACACUCCCAUCCACCUCUCGUUCGAUGUUGAUGCCCUGGACCCCCAGUGGGCCCCCAGCACAGGUACCCCCGUCCGCGGUGGGUUGACUCUGCGAGAAGGUGACUUCAUCUGCGAGUGUGUCCACGAGACAGGUAAUCUGGUUGCCAUGGAUCUGGUUGAGGUCAACCCCAGUCUGGAAAUCGUUGGCGCGUCAGAAACCAUCCGGGCCGGCUGCUCACUGGUACGGUGUGCAUUGGGAGAUACACUUUUGUGA